UCACAUCUGGGAGUUUUUCAGUCCACACAUAGGGGAAUUCACCACAACCUCUGAGUCUGGUAGCUGCAGAUGAAAACAGAAACGUGGUUAGAAAAAUGUGAUUCUUGCGCAGGAAAGUUGGAACAGAGAAGAGUUCGGACGUGGGCGGGAGUGUGUGUUUAAAAAAAAAAGAAAGAAAGAAAGAAAGAAACUAAGAAAGAAAAGGGUGGAAACCCCACCAGCCAAGUCUGCAGAAAAAAAAUAAAUGAAGUCUGCCUAUCUCGGGCCGGAGCCCCUCCCCUCGGCCCGCGCCAGAGGAGUGUGACACAGGUGCCGCUUCCUCCCCGCCGCUGAGGGUCAGGAGCCGGCCGGCGCGACCCUCGCCACCGCUCCGCUGUCCCUUCGGCCCCUGGUCCCGCCGGCGCCCCGCACCCGUCGGCGAUGAACAGCGUCAAUGGCACGUCGCGGCCCAGCCUUGGUCUCCCUGUACUUCCCUCCCAAAGCCACGCCCUUGGUAGAAGAGGACGACCUUCCCUGAUAGAGGAGGACGGUUCUGCAGUUGAAGAACUCGACCCUGGCCCAUUUUUCCCCUCUUUGGGGGCGAACAUCGCCAUCAUUGCAGGCGUGAUCGCUGCUGUAGCCAUCGUCCUGAUCUGCCUCCUCAUUGUCAUGCUACGCUACAUGUACAGACACAAGGGGACCUACCACACCAAUGAGGCCAAGGGCACAGAGUUUGCUGAGAGUGCGGAUGCAGCCCUACAGGACGACCCCUCCCUCCAGGACACAGGUGACAACAGCAGAAAGGAGUACUUCAUCUGAGGAGCACCAGGCCUCGCUUCCCCCAGUGCCUCCUUCAACUCCACGAGAGAAGAUGCACCCCACAACCCCACCUGCUAACUACCAUCAGGCAGAUCAUGAGAGUGCCCACCUCAUCCCAAGAUAUGCACCUGGCCUGGGAACACUAGGUGCUAGCCUGGGGAGAGAGAGGGAAGAAGGAACUGAGCCACAGAGGCUUCUCCCAAGCACCCAGGGAUGCGGUGGCCACCCAGGAGGCCUGCCUUUGCUCUGCCAGAGGGAGAAAGUCUGGGUUCUCCUGGACAGUGCAGUUUGUUAUCAGCAUGGUGUGAAAGUCCUUGCUGGGCGGGUGGGCCUGAGGGCUGGGGAAGCAAGGAAGUGAGUCAUCUGUAAGCUGACUGGGGAUAAUGGCAUCAAAUGUCAGUCCUUGACAUUUGGGGGGAACAGCAGGUGCCAGAGCUAAAAGGCACCUUUGUCUCCCAUUGAUCCAGCUCUAAAUGAUUGGAAAUAAAUUUGAAAUGUAACCAA